GUUCAUUCCCGCGUUCUUGCCCUAAGCCUUGCCUCAACACUGGCCAGCGACAUCUCAGCAUCCUUACCUACUUCCGAGAUGGACGCCUCAAUCCACUAUAACAACUCUGCAUCACGAGAGCAGAAAAUUAUAGACUGGCGUCACUGGCCAAAACACCGUGCACCCGCUCCAGAUCAGGAAUCGCGACCAUGGCGCCAAUGGCCAGAAGAUUUCCUCGCUUCCCAGCCGCAUGAGUUCCCCAUUGUGCCAGAAGACCCAUCAAGUCAUGCAGUUCUUGAGGAUGAGGCAUUAGUAGCAUGGGGCUUGGCAAAUUGUGAUGACAAUCAGGGAUAUACGACUCUAGACGUUUGUUCCGUCGAAGCUGGACAGGUUGAGUGGUAUCGCAAUGUUGACGACGAAAAGUUGAAAAUACUGGUUGAUCAAUGUUCGGACAGCGAUGAUGGUAGUCAGAGUGCUUUUAGGGUAUUCUUCAUAAAUACUACAGCCUCCGAAACCUCAUGGCUUCCGGGUAACUUCAGCAUGCGACCAAGUAUGCUGCAAGCCUUACUGAAAAUAGGCUUAUCGAAAGUUGUUUUGAGCGAAAUUUUCACUUUUGAGGGUUCUUUCGCGAAGAUGGGGCCUCAUGUCUUCGAGUCGCGAAAUACCGAUGACAGCCUAUCUAGAUUCGAGAUGUGCUACCGUUCUCAAAGCGGCUGGAGCAACGGGGUCUUGUAUAUCCAAUCCAUACGGACAGCGACCCAGACCAUCUAUUUCUGCAUCAACUAUCCCACAUACGCCAUGGAUCGUCUCAUAAUAUCCCUGAAUUUCAGUCCAAACGUGAUUCAUCAAGAUCUUUACCUCGAUACAUUAGCAGCGGUCGAUUCCUGCCGACAAUGGCGCGAGAUUAUCGGUCUGCGGCGCCAUAAACUUCUCAGGCAUGAAACGAAAUAUGCAGAUGAUACCAUGGAUCACCUUACCUUGACGCGCAACCUUCAUCGCCUAGCACGCGAUUGGAAUACAUUGAAUCAGGACUGCGUUGACUACGUCCUUACGCUAGACUUCUUGCAACGUGCGUACAAGAAAUAUCGAAAGGCGCUUGAACGCAGUACAUGGACGGCGGAACGAAAUAGCAAUACUGAAGAAUAUCUGAACAUGCUGAAGUGUCAAGGAGAGAAUUGCGUUCGAUGGACUUCGGUUUACAGGGAACGAACAAAUAUCCGGAUCAAUCUGCUCUUCCACUUGGCCAACCAACACGAAGCUCGGACAUCCAAGCAGAUAGCCAUUUCUACAGCUAAAGUUGCAGAGCAGACGCAGCGAGAUUCCUCGUCCAUGAUCACCAUGGCUGCUGUGACGAUGUUUUUUCUCCCUGGUACAUUCAUCUCGGCUAUUCUGAGCACUACAUUUUUCGAGUAUGGUAAAGAGACACUAGAUGUGAGCCGAAAGUGGUGGAUCCUGCCCGCAACUACAAUUCCCACAACCAUCACUGUGUUUGCAGUGUGGUUGGCUUGGCGAUGGUGGAGGCUUAGAGCGCAAAGGACGGAGAUGGAGAAAUAUGAUGUCGGAGAUGUUGUUGAGGAAAUAAUGGUCAGAGGAAAGUGA